UGUGUUUUGGGCUGCUCACAGAUGGUCGCCUUUCCCCUGCUCAUGCGAGCCUCCAAACAUUAUGUAUGUAGCCCGAUGAUGGUGUACAAGUGAGUUUAGGCUGUUAACUUUCGGAUGUUUUGAAAUAUAAAUCGCCCCAAACCUCGGGAAUUUGUGAUUUACUGUCUCUAGCAUAUGUGCAAUUAAAAAUGAGCUAAGUCGCUAAUUUAACGUUAGCUACAUAAACGGGACACUUGAGUUAAAAGCUGUUUAACGGGUCGUGGCACAGUUUUUAAUGUUUAUUAUCGGGUGAGACACUACGUCUUUAAUGCUUUGAGGCGUAAUGUUGGUGUUUGUGUGCCCGGUUUGGCUCGUUAGGUCAGUUAAACGACAGGCUAACGUUACCCUUUGUUUCCAAUAGUAACGCGACGUUGAUUGGUUGACUCGAAAGAUCAGGAAGCGACACAGCAAACAAACAAAACAAAACAAAACAAAAAAAAAAUGGAUGAAAGCGGCGACAACGUUGACAAUGACGACAUUGUUAUUAUCGUGGAGAACGAGGCGGAGAGUUUGCCCGCCGAGGAAGAGAGACAGAAACAGCAAGGCACCUUCGGACUCAUGGACACUUGUCCCAUCUGCAAGUUGAGCUUCCACAACAGAGAGCCCAAACUCCUGCCGUGUCUCCACUCCUUCUGCAAGAGGUGUCUGCCGACCCCAUUCAGGAGUGCUGACCCCAGGCGUGACUCCCAGGGUCCGGUGGAGGGCAACAAACCACCUCCAGUGGGUGCCAUUCGAUGUCCAGUAUGCAGACAGGAAUGCUGGGAGAUGGACGUGUUGGACAAUUUCUUCGUCAAGGACUCAGCCGAGGUGCCGAGCAGCACAGUGGAGAAAACCAGCCAGGUGUGCAUGAGCUGCGACGACAACACGGAGGCGACAGGUUACUGCGUGGAGUGUGUCGAGUUUCUGUGCGUGACGUGCAUCGAGGCACACCAAAGGGUCAAGUUCACCAGAGAUCACACCAUACGGCAAAAGGAGGAGAUGUCUCCAGCAGUAGGUAUUUCCACACAGAAGCCUGUGUUUUGUGACAUCCACAAGCAAGAGCCACUCAAGCUAUUUUGUGAGACGUGCGACCGACUCACCUGUCGAGACUGUCAGCUGCUUAAACACAAGGAUCACAACUACCAGUUUUUGGAGGAUGCGUACAGGAACCACAAGCAGUAUCUGGAGAACAUGACGCAGCAGCUGCAGGAGAAAAGAAAGGCCAUCGAGGACGUGUCCAGCUGCAUCAGCACCGGACUUCAGCAAGUUGACGAGAACCGGAAAUCUGUAACCAAUGAGAUAAAGAGGUCUAUCUGUAACUUGAUAAUGGAGAUCAACAGGAAGGGAAAGAUUCUGGUCAACCAACUUGAGGCUCUCACGAAGGACCAUGAGGUGGGUUUGAAAAAGCAGCAAGAGGACAUCAACUGUCUGAGCAGGCACCUAGACCACGUCAUCAGCUUUACUAAAUGGGCUACAGCCAGCCAUAGCGGAACAGCUCUCCUGUACUGCAAGAGACUGAUCCUUUUUCAGAUCCAUUACCUGAUGAGAGCGAGCUGUAAUCCCUCCACCGUCCCUCAAAGUUCUGUGCGCUUUCAGUGCCGCUCUGGUUUCUGGGCCACGAAUGUAGACCUCGGUUCUCUGGUUGUUGAAAGGGGCCCGGGGCGGCCACCCAUCACCAACCACCAGGCAGGUCCCAGAGCAGAAGCACCCACCGCAGCACUCUCAGCAGCUCAACAGCGACAGAGUACUCUUGCCCAGCUCCAGAUGCAGGUGGACAAGCUUUCCCAGAACCCCCACAGACAGCCCCCUCCUAACCACUGGUCCUGGUACCAAAACGUCAGACUCCCAGUACCACCCGGCCCUCCACCCCCAACCAGACCCAUCCAUGGUGGGUCCUCCCCUUCCCAAGGCCCCCCAAACUUGGGCCAGCAAGGACGUAGAUACGGAAACUCUCACCCCAACCCUAGAAGCCCCACAUCAUCCAUGCUUCACAACACAGGAUUCCCACCUGCUCAGUCUCUGAGAGAUCUGAUCCAUGGCUCCAGCUUCCCUCCUAAACCCAUGGAUGUGUUGCAGGGUACUUCCCGCUACCCACAGCCUCUGUCCACUGGAGCACCUACACAGCCAUCACUACAUCAGCGGGGCCUAACAGAGUCGUCCUUCCUGAAGAGGAGUGAGCCUGGUGGAUCUGUCCCCUCCAUCACCAUCUCUAUCCCCAAACCCAGCUUUCCUCCAAGUGCAGCUUCAGCGUCUGCAGACAAAACAAGCGCACUCAAUCAUAUAACGGUUCAAGUAAGACAGAACUCUCCGCUAGCCAAGCCGUCUUCUUCAGACAGAGGCACAGGGACAACGUCAUGGAAGCCGACUUUUGAGGCUCCGUCUGCCCCCUCGGCUAAGCGACGAAGAAGGACGUCCCCUGGACCCGUUAUCGUCAUCAAGGACGAACCAGAAGAUGAGGAUGAAGUUCGUUUUGUGCAGUCCAGUGUAGGCUCCAGCUUACCGGACAGCAGCACGGGUGCUCAGUCGAAGCCUCGGCAGCAGCUAAAGGCGCCUGCCCCAGCACCGGUGCCCGGAUCAGAGUCCAAAGCUGGAAAAGAGCAGUGCCCUCAGUCUGCAGGGCAGCCAGAGUCUGUUAAAAGAGCAGAGCCGGAAGAAGAUCCCAACGAGGACUGGUGCGCCGUCUGUCAGAACGGAGGGGAACUACUCUGUUGUGACAAAUGUCCCAAAGUUUUUCAUCUGGCCUGUCACAUCCCCACUCUGAACGAGUCCCCCAGUGGCGAGUGGUUCUGCUCGUUCUGCCGAGACCUCGUCUCGCCUGAGAUGGAGUAUGACUGCGCCAGCAGGGACGACCCCGUCUCUGAAGGAUUCCCACCUGUUGACAGAAGGAGGUGUGAGAGGCUGCUACUACGUCUGUUCUGUAAUGACUUCAGCACUGACUUCCAGCAGGCUGCUUCCCCAUCAGAAACGAGGAGGUACAAAGAGCUGAUCAAGACCCCGAUGGAUUUGUCAAUAGUGAAGCGGAAACUGGAGUCGAAGUCGAGGGAAGGUGAAGGUUACGGUAGUCCGGAGGGGUUUGUCACAGACGUCAGGCUCAUAUUUUUCAACUGUGCAAAAUACUACAAGAUUGUACAGGCGACCUCAGAAGUGGGCAGCGCAGGCUUGUACUUGGAAGACUACUUCGAGGAACAGUUGAAGCAAGUCUACCCAGAUAGAGUCUUCCCCGGAGGGAGGGAAGAACAGAUGAUCCCUCCAUUGGAGGAUGAGAUAGACGAAGAAGAGGAAGAGAUGAUGCAGGAAGGCAUGGCUCCCGUUGAAGACGAUAAACCGGAAAGUCCUGCAGGAAAAGGAAUCCCCCCUGUAGAAGAGGACUUGCCUCCGGAUGAGGCGACGGCCCCGGCGGAGGAAGAAAAGCCAGAACCAGAGGAGAAGGGGAACGACACAAGAGAUGAGGGGACGGACAGAAAAGCAGAGGCCACGGAGGGAAGCUCGACACCUUCAGGGGAGGUAGAGCAGCACGAGGAAAGUCCAGCGCAGGAGGCAGAAAGCUCUGCUGCUGCUGAUAGUGAAACAAAAGACAGAGAAGCUCCCAGUUCCCCAAAGGAGGAAAACGCUCACCUCCCCACAGACAAGACUGCAGAUCCACCUGAAACCCAGGAGAAGGAGUCAGCUCCUGCAGACACAGCCAAAGAGGAGAAGGGUUAAGGCAGAUUACAGCUGGGAGAAACUGUCGAAACGAUGGAUGAUUUCAGUCUUCCACAGAAAUGGCCCCAGUGGGGACCUACAUUUGCUGCACUCUGACAAUUUUUGUAAUAUGCUAUAUUU